GGGGGGGGGUGUGACGCAUGCGCGGUUGCUCCGCGCUGACCUUCAGCCGCAUCCGCCCGAGAGGAUUCACCAUGUUUGCCAGAAGUGGAGCCGCUUUGCUCUUUGAGCCCCAAUGGGGCCAAGUCCGAAACAUGGCGACUCUGAAGGACAUCACCAGGCGCUUGAAGUCCAUCAAAAACAUCCAAAAGAUUACCCAAUCCAUGAAAAUGGUGGCUGCAGCAAAAUAUGCAAGAGCUGAGAGAGAACUGAAACCAGCAAGAGUUUAUGGAACAGGAGCUCUCGCUUUAUAUGACAAGGCAGACAUUCAACCUCCUGAAGAGCAAGCCAGACACCUGAUCAUUGGGGUGUCCUCUGAUCGUGGUCUCUGUGGUGGUAUCCACAGUAGUGUUGCUAAGGCCAUAAGAAAUCAAAUAGAGCAAUUGACUGCUGCUGGAAAAGAGGUUAAGAUUGCACCUAUUGGUGAGAAGCUGAGAGCACUGCUGUAUAGAAAACAUGGAAGGCACAUGCUGGUGAUGUUCAAGGAAAUGGGCCGGAAACCACCAACGUUUGGUGAUGCUUCAGUUAUUGCCUCUGAGCUCUUGAACUCUGGCUUUGAAUUUGAUAAAGGUUCUGUUAUAUUCAACAGAUUUAAGUCUGUGAUUUCCUAUAAGACUGAGGAGAAACCAGUCUUCUCUUUUGACACACUUACAAAUUCUGAGAACAUGAGUGUUUAUGAUGACAUUGAUGCUGAUGUCCUGCGAAACUACCAGGAGUUCUCACUGGUCAACAUCAUUUACUUCAGCUUAAAGGAAUCCACUACAAGCGAGCAGAGUGCUAGGAUGACCGCUAUGGAUAGUGCCAGCAAGAACGCUUCUGACAUUAUUGACAAGCUGACAUUGACAUUUAAUCGCACUCGCCAAGCUGUCAUUACCAAGGAGCUGAUUGAGAUUAUCUCCGGUGCUGCUGCUCUGUAAACAUGAUGCUCCAGAAAGACACCAGUGGAAAUGCAUAAAAACAUGUUUCUGUUCGAAGAUGAUGGACAGUGUUUCUGUCUAAUUAAUGGGAACCUUCUAAAGUUUGUAAAUUAUAAUACAAUAAAAACCUUACACAGUCAA